AUGCAACAUGUUUUUGCUGCAGACUAUAGUCAACAUGGUGCACAAGCACAAGGUUCAGGACGUUUUACCCGUGUGGCUGGUGUAGAUCAGAGGGAUUUGAGGAAUUUCCUCAAACAUUCAAUCUUCAGUCCGGACGAAUACAUCUAUCGCUUUUUUCAGUCUGAAAAGAAACGUAGGCAGGG